AUGGAAGCGUUAAGGGAAAACAUUGCUGGCCCAACUGAGUCAUUAGAGUCUGUGCAAGGUCAUGAUUCUGCAUCAGAACAUCAGGGGUUAGAAUUCAAAAAUAGAAAUGCCCCACAACCAGAAAUGAACCCCUUUAUGCAACAAGGGGUUAAGGUAUUUGCCGGUACAACUGACCCUACUGAAGCAGAUGAAUGGUUGAGAAACACGGAAAGGGCGUUGGACAGAAUUGAGUGUACUUCUGAGCAAACGUUAAGGUACGUUGUGUCCUUACCGGAGAAAGACGCCUUAGACUUGUGGGAAACGGUUCCUGGGAGCAAGAAUCGACCAGUCAUUUUGACGUGGAAUGACUUUUUGAAAGAAUUUGCUGACAAUUAUACUCCACCGGUCUACAGAAAUCGUAAGAAAGUUGAAUUCCUUGAAUUAAAGCAGAACCAUUUAUCUGUUGCUGAGUAUGAGUUGCAAUUUCUGAGAUUGUCAAAAUAUUCUCCUGAAGAAGUGAGUACCAAUGAAUUGAGGAGAGACAGAUUUAGGAGAAAAUAG